CCUCGUCCUAACCCUUCGUUAUUAGUUUCACCACAAAUCCAGUCAGCCCUGUUUGAAAAUUGACUACCUCGACACGCAGGUUUUUUUCGUUUUGAUGCAUUCAAGACGCGUAAGUGUCUUCCAUGACAGGGCAGCCAGAGUAUCAUCGUCAACCGACCCAUCACGCACUAGUUACCCUGAUCAUCGUAGAUGGGCGCCCACGGGAAAGUUCUCACAUAUAUAAAUGAUGCCAGAAUUAAUGUUUCGUCCCUUUCCUCAUUUCGGGUCCCUUGUCCUUCUUGUGUUUCUCCUUUCCUCUCCUUGAACCCUCGCUGGUCGACCCUCAGAAAGGCUUCACUUCGCCAUGGUUGCCUAUAACCCCGUCCUUCGAGGCAAGUGGACGUUGAAGAAGUUUAAUGCGACCGUGAUCAAUGACAUCUGGCCGGAGGUGUUGUUUUUUACCGCCGUAGCAACCAUGGUGACGUUUGUAUCCAUUAAAACACCACACUCUUUGGCGGUUAACCCGCAAUUAUUGACUGUACUGGGUACUGUCCUCGGUUUGGUGAUAUCGUUCAGGACGUCCUCUGCAUAUGAGAGAUACCAGGAUGGGAGAAAAUUGUGGUCAAAUUUAUCAAUCACGUCUCGGAACCUCACCCAAAUGAUCUGGAUUCAUAUUCCUAAUGAUAGACCAUUGAGACAGGAUGGGUCGAAGCAGACUGCACUUGAGAGUAUCAUCGAGAAGAAGACAAUGAUCAACUUGAUCCAAGCCUUUGCUGUUUCUGUCAAGCACUUCCUACGAGGCGAGACGGGUGUCUACUAUGAAGAUCUCUACCCCCUCAUCUCGUUUUUGCCCAAAUUUGCAUCAGAAGCGGCGACAAGCUACACCGAUAUGCUCCCUCUCUGGCAGGCCUCCGAAGACGGUGAACACCCCUACAACCACAAAAUCCACGCUACGCCGACCCCAAGACCGGAAUCAGCCCCUCCCAGUUUUUCGGCCUCUCCUGCUCCGUCGUCAUUAGGCUGGCACUCAUUAGGAAAACGUACGCCGAAACCGAAGACGUUCGACCCCGAAAAAGCUCUCCCUGAUGUCUUCAGUCAUCGACCGCUCAAACCCGCUCGUAACCCUCCAAAUACCAGUGUUUACGAUUAUGUUCCCUUCCUUCUGAUCUUUAAAUGGAUCGCAAAACAGUUAACUCGAACGAAGAAGAGCGUCAUUGAAGGCGCUUCACGGAAUGCUCUGGGAAGAAAAAUUAGGCCAAAAAUCGAAGAGAGCAAUGUACCUUUGCAGAUCACAAUUUAUCUGUCGGAUUACGCGAAUUACAUCAUACGUUCUGGCGUCGUUCAGCCACCCAUUGCCUCGGGCAUCGUCAACAACAUUUGCGCGCUCCAAGAUACGUUGAGCAACCUUGCACGAAUCGCGAACACGCCGCUUCCAUUUGCGUAUCAAAUGCAUCUGCGAAUGUCUCUUUGGGUGUACCUAUUCCUCCUUCCCUUCCAAAUCUUCGACAACUUCAAAUACCUGACAAUCCCCGGAACAGCGUUUUCAUCCUUCCUCCUUCUUGGUUUCCUUGAAAUUGGUCAGGAAAUUGAGAAUCCAUUCAACUAUGAUCUCAACGACCUAGACCUCGAUGGAUUUUGUUUAUCUAUACAGCGAGAACUUCAGGAAAUCACCGCUCACCCGUUACCAGACCCUUCUUCCUUCAUCUUCACUGCCUGGAACCAACCUUUCGCACCGGGAGAUCGGCGUACGGCAGCUGAACUUGUCAAGGGCCAAUCAGAAUAUCAACACGCUGAGGACGAGCGCCGGGGGUUGGGAAGUAUCAAACAGACGCUUCUGCGCAGCUGGAGGGACACAGAUGAUUUGACUAGAGAGAAGUGAAAAGUAAGAGAUGCGAUGAUUCUGAAACCAACUUGGUUAUAAAAGGUCGGCUGGUUCGACCAUUCUGGGGAGUAGCUAUCUUUCAAUAUCCUGUCGUUGCGUAACACAUAGCGACAAAACGAAUAUAAAAGAGGACGGUUAAGGCGACGCCAAU